AUGGGCUCCCUCUCUCCGCUCGACCCCCUCUUCACACCCCUCCGCCUGGGCUCGCUGUCCCUAGCCCACCGCAUCAUCCAAGCCCCCUGCACACGCAUGCGCUCAACGCCGGACCCCUCGGCCCCGGGCGUCUGGGUCCCCAACGACCUAAACGUGACAUACUACGCCCAGCGCGCGAGUAAAGGCGGGCUGAUGCUCACCGAGGCGACGCCGAUUAGCCGGGAUGCAGCAGGAUACCCCGGCGUCCCUGGAAUCUUUACGCCCUCCCAAAUCGCAGGCUGGAAGAAGGUCACUGAUGCGGUGCACGCGAAAGGCGGGAUCAUCCUGUGUCAACUGUGGCAUGUCGGGCGCGCAACAACGCCGGGUAUGCUGGGCGGGAAGACGCCGCUUGCCCCGUCGGACAUUCCGAUGUCGGGGAAUGCGCUCGAUGGCACGGUGUAUGCGGAUGCGCCGCCGAAGGCGAUGAGCGUCGAGGAGAUUAAGGGUACGGUUGAAGAGUACGCGGCGGCUGCGAAACGGGCGAUGGAGGCUGGGUUUGACGGGGUUGAGAUCCACGGCGGAAACGGCUACCUCCUCGACCAGUUCCUACACGACAACGUCAACACCCGGACUGAUAGCUACGGCGGGAGCAUCGAGAACCGCGCCCGGAUCGUGCUGGAGAUCAUCCACGCCGUGACGCAGGCGAUUGGGCCCGACCGCGUGGGCAUCCGGCUCUCACCGUACAACUACUUUCAAGACACGCGGGACUCGAAUCCGCAGAAACACUGGGGGUAUCUCUGCUCGCAGAUCGCGGCGCUCCCGGAGUCUGCAAGGCCAGCAUACGUGCACAUGAUCGAGCCGCGGUUUGAUGAGGUUCUGGACGAGAGCGAGAAGAUUGACGCCUUGGAGACGACGCAGGAGGUUGUUAAGCCAUCUCUCGACGGGUUCAGGAACGUCCUGAAGAAGGGUGGUGUGUCGUUCAUUGCGGCGGGGAACUUCAAGGCCGAGAAUGCAGGCGAGAAGAUCAGCUCUGAUGGCGCGGACGCCGUGGCGUUCGGACGCCUGUUCAUCAGUAACCCCGAUCUACCGCGCCGACUGCAGGAGGGGCUUGCGGUGAAUGCGUACGACCGGGCUACGUUCUACGGCGCGAGUCCGCCGGAGAGGGGAUAUACCGACUAUCCAUUUGCUGCGUAG